CUAUUUGCUAACCUCAUCUGUCUGCUAACUGGUGUUGGCAGGUUUCUUACUGAGCAUCCUUGAUGAAAACCAGUAGGACUCAUGCUGCCAACAAGGUUGAUAAGAAUGAAAUUUGCAGGCCACACAACCAAGACAAUAACCUGAAAGAGGCUAAAAAGCUUAGUAGAGCUGCACAAUUGGGUGAUAAUUUUGCUAGAGCUGUUAAACAACUGGUCCUUUUCAGAUUACACUCAGUGGUAUAAUCCGGUGUAGAAGUGUAGUUUGACGUUUUGGAAAAUUUGCUGCUUUGCUUUAAAAUGAUACCUAAUGUUACCAGAUUUGAGAAAGUGGUGGUCUUCUCCUGAGUGGCAUGAGUAAGAAUUCAUAAUUGUUAAGUAAAUGUGUGUCUAUGUGUUGGUGUAGGCUCCUAUUGAGUAUCAGGCACUGAUGCAGAUGGAAUAUCUGGACAGCGUCGUCAAUGAAUCUCUCCGACUGUAUCCCAUUAUCUUUCGUGUGGAGCGUGUGGCCAAGGCGACUGUGGAAAUAGAUGGCCUUGUGAUUCCAAAGGGUAUGGUCAUCACGGUGCCCACAUGGACGCUGCACCGGGACCCUAACCUGUGGCCCGAACCUGAGGAGUUCAGACCUGAGAGAUUCAGCAAGGAAAACAAGGAGACUAUCGAUCCGUACACGUACAUGCCUUUCGGGGCAGGACCGAGGAACUGCAUUGGGAUGAGAUUUGCUCUGGUGUUGAUAAAGCUUGCAAUAGUAGAGAUCCUCCAGAGAUACAGCUUCUCUGUGUGUAAGGAGACCGAGGUGCCCCUUGAGAUGGACGUUCAAGCCCUGCUUACGCCAAAACGGCCAAUCAAGCUGAAGCUGGUGCCACGUUCUGAAGCCUCCAACUAAAAA